GAAAAAUCAGAGAGUCUUGUUAAUUUCGUCAGCACAGAACGCCAGAACUACACUAGAGGAAGAGAGAGCUCUCCCACACUUGGAUCAGUUUGAUUUCAAGAAACCCUAGUUCCCCCCAAUUUCACUUUCAAUUCCAAUCCAACGCCGCUCUCAAUGUUCAACAGCAACAGCGUAUCAAUCUCAGUCUCCGAUGACGAAUCCGACGAGCUCGGCCGGAUGCGCGUCCGAGUUCGCCGGAAGCGCAAGAAACUCGGCCACCGAUUCAAGAACGAGUUCUUCCGCCGAGUGGUGAGGAGUCUGGUCAAGUACUGGUCCCUUCUGAUUCUUCUCCCAGCCAUUGGUUUGCUUCUGUACGAGGCUUGGAGUAUCGGCUGGAAAUCCCCACAGCUCAAUAAUAAGUCGGAAAAGCCGAGUUUGGUCCACUCGGAACUCAAUGCGAGUUCGGAGAAGAAAUCUGAAGGCAAUUUGAAUCGGCUUGAUCCUAUCACUCGGGUUAUUCAUGGCGUUAGGGAACGUUGCUUGCAAAUCUUACCUCCUGAAGAACUUGAGCAUCUGGAAAUUCCUGUGCGCGAAGCUGCCACUAGUCCUGUUAAGAAAUUGUUAUACAGAGCGGAGAAUGAUGGUCCGUUGUUAGGAGGGUACAAUACCCGGUCUGAAGAGCACACAGAGGCCACAAGAUUUAAUUUGUUUACGGGAAAUCAAACUCUAGAUCAGAGACGUGAAAUGUUUCAGGUAAAUGGAACUGUUAGCAUAAACUGUGGUUUCUACAGUGAAAGUGGUGGGUUUAAAAUCUCAAAUGAAGACAAGAAUUACAUGCAGAGCUGUGACAUUGUAGUCUCCACUUGUGCAUUUGGUGGUGGAGGUGAUCUUUAUCAACCCAUUGGAAUGUCAAAGGCAUCCCUUCAGAAGGUUUCUAUCUUUCCCUCAUGUGGUGCUGAAUUUGUGCAGGUAUUCUCGAAUCUCGAAACUCUUCUUUGGCGUUCCAAUUCAGUGCUGGUGAUCUCAGAACAUGGAGCUCGCAGUAGCGUUUAUGACGAGGCAAAGGCCGUUGUCAAGAAAAACAAGGCCAAACCGGAAGAAGUUGAGGUACAGUUGGCUCGGUACCGUCAUGGUGGAUUGCCAGAAGACAAGAGGUUCAAUGGAAAGAAAGACAACUUUGAUAGAGCCAACAUCAGGAAACAUGGGAAUCACUAUGGCUUUUAUGGCCUCAAUGAAAAGGUACAAGAUGGUUUUGACCAUGCUGCCUUUGGAACUGAGUUGAUUCUCACUGGCCCUACAAAAGGGAUGGGAAGAACUGUUAAGUAGGCUUAUGACCUUUUGGAAUCCACUCCAAAUGCCCUUAUGCUCCAACAAUUCUCAAAUCCUGCCAAUAAACAGACACCAGAUUAUACAAAUUUGCUUAUGGUGCUUUCCUUCAUUUUUGAUUUUUGUACUACAUACAAGACAGUAAUGAAUCCUACCAAAAGUGUGAAAGUAAAAUGAAUGGUUUUGAUUAUUGCAUAUAUUUUUCUUUGUGAUUCA